AUGGCGCCGGCAUGGCGGCUGUGGCUCGCCGCGGUGGCGCUGAUGGCGUUCCCGGGGAUGUCUAGCAUCGUCGCGGCCGACGCGUCGUCGAACCCGGAGGUCGUGUGCGGCAGCGUGAUCAAGCUGGAGAGCGACACACACAAGGGCUUCCGGCUGGUGACGCAGGAUGUGGCCUACGGCGGCGGCAGCGGGCAGAUGUCGGUGACGACGAAUCCCGAGUCGGACGAGGACGGCUACUGGGUCGUCCGCGGCGCCCCGGGCUACCCCUGCGAGCCAGGCCACACGCUCGCGACGGGCGACGUGAUCCGCCUCCAGCACAUGGACUCCCGGCGGUGGCUGCACUCGCACAAGCUCCCCGCGCCGCUGUCGGGGACGCGCGCGCACGAGGUGUCGUCGCUCGGGAGCGACGAGGAGAGCGACACGGGCGACGAGUGGGAGCUCUUCCUGGCCACCAAGGGCGCCAAGGCGUGGCGCCGCGGAGACAAGGUCAAGUUGAAGCACAAGGACACCGAGGCGUGGCUGUCGGCCACGGGGCAGAAGUUCCCCCGGCCGAUCCAAGGGCACGGCGAGGUGGCCGCGGUGUCGCGGCGGGGCGACGGGGGCACGGCGUGGGUGGCGCGGGAGGGGGUGUAUUUGCCGACGCGGGACCUGAAGCAGCUGGAGGAGCAGGAGAGGGAGGGGGAGUUGCUCGAGUCGGACGGGCAGCCGGCGAAGCAGCACAUGGAGCUGUGA